GGUGACAUCUGGCAGGCCUUUUCCAGAAGAAACAGUGAGUUUAACAUUCCAGAAGGCAUUGAGAAAUCCUGGUCCCAGCAGGAAGAUAACAAACCGAAUAUCGGAGGCAGCAAAAAUAGACUUCUUAUGAGUCAGGUGGACUACUCCCUGGACUAUCGGCUGAGGACAUGCAAAGAUCGACAAGAGCAUGAAAUACAGAAAUACAGAGAAAGCAAAAAUAAAGUUCUUAUGAGGCAAGCGGCGUACUACCUGCGCUGCCGGCUGAAGAUUGAAGAAGAUCGGAGACGUCACGGGGAGGAACAGAAAUACAGAGACAGCAAAAAUAAACUUCUUAUGAGUCAAUACUACCCGGGCUGCAGGCUGAAGACGGAAAAAAACGACAAAGACGAGGAUGAAGAUGUUCAUGUCAUGGAGGCUGAGAAAAUCCAGGAAUCACGUGCCCCCAGGAAUCUGCAGGAGUCUGUGGAGGAGGAAGCCCCCCAGGAGUCCUGGGAUGAAGAUGAUUCGAUUCUCUCAAUUCCUCCUGGCACAUUUGCCUUCGAUGAGCUUUACAGGACCAACUUGCACUCAUUAGAGGAACAGCAGGUCAACUUGGCUCAUGACAUAGACAAGAUUAAAAAGGACCGAGAAGAGGAAGAAGACCAAGGCCCACUGUGCCCCAGGGUCAGCAUGGAGCUGGUGGAAGCAGAAGAGCCUGAAGUCUUCUGGUACUCACUGGAUAUAUUGUAUUCAACAUACACCGCUUAUCUUGAGUUUUAUUACACAUGCCAGGCUUACACAUAUGCCGUUUUUUUAUAUGCAGAAGAGCAUGUUCGCUUGACUUUGGACAUGGACAGUAGGUUUUUUACUCUGACGGUGAUAGGACUCCACCUGGUCUCCCGGAUAGGGGUCAUAUUCCCACACUAAGACAACGUGUCACACGGGACUCUGCCAGUGCAGAGUAUGAACCACGCCAUGUUCUUGCUGAAAACACUUAGCCCGAGUUUUAUAGCCUGAGGUAAUCUCCAGACGACUUCAGAAUGUAGAACAGUGAGCGGCACAACUGACCUGUCUCCUUCAGACAGCCCAUGUCACCACAAAUCACACAACUGAAAGGAGAAGAGACGUUUUGGGUUGAAAAAGAGUAAAAAGAGAAUGUAGCUACAUUUCUUUAGUUCUUUUGAACCCAAAGUGUCUCCUCACCUUUUUGUUGUUGUCAUUGAUGGUGGGGACAUGGGCUUGUUCGUAGAGGACAGGUCAGCUGUCCGGCUCAAUGGUCUGUACUCUGAAGUUGUCUGAAAAUGUCCUCAUGCUUAAAUUCAGCCUAAGUGUUUUUCCGGGAACACUGCAGGGUCAAUGCUACCUCACCCACCUGCAGGUAGAGAAGGUCCCGUGUGUCUACCACCAUGAUCGUGAUACCAGGACUUUUCCACCAUUUGUCUAUCACCAUGAUCGUGAUGCCAGAUCUGUACCUUUCAGAGACACCUUAUUUAUGCGGAUAUAUAUAUUUUUUCAGACACCUUAUUUAUGCGGAUAUAUAUAUUUAUUCAGAGACACCUUAUUUAUACGUAUAUAUAUAUUUCUUCAGAGACACCUUAUUUAUGUGGAUAUAUAUAUUUAUUCAGAGACACCUUAUUUAUACGGAUAUAUAUAUUCAGAGACACCUUAUUUAUACAGAUAUAUAUAUUUAGAGACACCUUAUUUAUACAGAUAUAUAUAUAUUUAUACGAAAGUAAUUGGAAAAAUGGUUUUUAAAAGUAUUAAUAUCCUGUAUUCAAAUGAUCAUCCCUCAACAUUUUAUUAUUCAUUAAUCAUCCCUGGCUUUGUCAAUUAUUGUAUUUACAUCUCUACACUGGAAAUUUUUCAUUAUUACUGUAUCUUUGCUUUUGCUGGUUUCUGUUGUUGAACCAAAAAAAUUCCCUGCCUGCAUUUCAAUUUUGCCAAAGUUAAUUUUAAUCUAUACAAUGAAAAUUUUUAUUCUUUAAGAUAAGACUGUGAGCACAUAAGGCCACAGCAAAACAGAGCCUUUGUUUGCUAAUUUUUAAGCCUUUUGUUAAUUUCUGGCUGAUUAGAGAGGUAGUUUAUUUAAUUACCUGCUAAUAUCUAUUUAAGUGAGCAGCCAGAGAAAUGUCUAUCAGACUAAGGAUGUGCAAAGCCCAGGCCAUUCUCUUUGUCUUUUAAACUAUUUCAGAAGAGAAGGGUAUAGGCAGAUUCCACAUAUGUGGACAGGAAGGAGAAUAUGCUAAAAGACACAAACAACCGUUGCCCAAAACAGAAUAGAAAAUCCAUUAAAAUGCAUGAAAUAUUUUCUCAUGAAAUGUAAUCUCUAAACUUAGCCAUUAUAUGAAAGUCAAUUCUUAAUAUGUCACACUGCAUUGACUGUUGACGUUCAUAAGAAUUCAUUUCCAUGUUUGUUAUUUGAAAAAGCAAAAGGACUGUAAUCCUUUCUUUUCUUUGCCAUGAUCAUUUUAAGAUUGAGGAUUUUUUUCCAAAAUAAAAUUGAAGAUUUUACAGAUUGAAAAUUGACAUUAAAAUGUAUCUUCUCAAAGCAA